CGAUCCUAACCUCAACCUUAACCUAAGUUUUCCUCAUUCGAAAUCAUAACCUGUAAUCUUAAAACUAGUUUUCCGUUGGAAUAGGAGUAGAGUCGCAAGUACGCCAGAGGGGGAAAAAACAGCGGCGUGGUUUGUUAACAAUAAAUCCAAGUGAUUGUUGAUGAUAGAGUAGAAGAUGUUUGAAGCCCAUAGUAUAAAUGCCGAACACAAGGACCUGAUACAUGACAUAGCUUACGAUUUUUAUGGCCAACGCAUGGCAACAUGUUCCAGCGACCAGUUUGUCAAAGUUUGGGACGAGGACGAACACGAUAACUGGCACUUGACAGCAUCAUGGAAAGCACACAGCGGAUCUGUGUGGAAAGUAACCUGGGCGCAUCCCGAGUUUGGUCAGGUUUUGGCGACGUGUUCAUUUGAUAGAACUGCAGCGGUCUGGGAAGAAAUUGUUGGCGAAGGUUCAGGCUCCGGUGAACGAGGGAUGCGACAUUGGGUGCGGCGGACCAACUUGGUCGACUCUCGGACGUCAGUAACAGAUGUUAAGUUUGCGCCAAAGACUCUCGGUCUUCUCCUUGCGACCUGUAGCGCGGAUGGAGUAAUCAGAAUUUACGAAGCACCAGAUGUGAUGAACCUGAGCCAGUGGACUCUGCAGCAUGAAAUUAGCUGUAAACUUCCAUGCAGUUGUUUAACAUGGAAUCCUUCAUUGUCGCGGCUCCAUCCACCUAUGCUCGCAGUUGGCAGCGACGACUCGAAUGCAUCAAGUGGCGGCAAGGUCUUUAUAUACGAAUACUCGGAAAACAAUAGACGGUGGACAAAAACAGAGACAUUAUCCAAUGUCGUUGACCCCGUGCACGAUAUUGCAUUCGCACCCAACUUGGGACGUAGUUUUCACACUUUAGCGAUAGCCACCAAAGAUGUACGGAUUGUAACGCUAAAACCAAUGCAAGAUGCGGCUCAAAGCGGUUUGUCUCGGUUUGAAAUUACGACUGCUGCCCAAUUUGAUGAUCACUAUUGUACGGUGUGGCGAGUGUGCUGGAACAUAAUGGGGACCAUAUUAGCGAGUUCAGGAGAUGACGGCUGCGUUCGUUUAUGGAAAGAUAAUUACGUGAAUAAUUGGAAAUGUGUAGCAGUUUUGAAGGGAGAUGGAACCUCGGCUCACAGUGCCGAAAUUCCACAGAUAGCAACACCUCCCAGUCACUCGAUCUCAGGAACUCAGGCGCCGCUAUCCACCACAAGGAAUAUAUCUAUAGCCACGGUUACGGCGGAGAGACCAACGACGACAAUAUUAUCGACUAGUAAGUGGCAAGCCCCUGUAAUAAAAGGCCGUUUCAGCAAGUCUGUAUGGCUUGGAAAUCCAAGCGAACCGUCACUCCCCCCUCCUCCGAUCAUAGAACGCCCAAAAUCGAAGAAGUAAAUUUUUAAAUGUGUCUUACUUGCGAGUCAUUGAUAACUUACUACGUUUGCUAAUUAAUUGGUCGAUUUGACAACGGAGCAGAUUAAUUAUACUUUAGUAAAAUUUUACUAAUUUAUCGACUGAUUUAUACACGCAGACUGGAUUUCUGUCGCCUUAAGAGCUUCGGAUAAAUGUGAUAUUUAAAAUGAUAUUAUAUCAUACUUGGUUACGACGAUAUGAGACAAUCGUUAUACUUGAAAUAUCUUUAUUGAAACAAAUGAUACUAACGAUAAUCUUUUGAUUAACUCACCGUACUCGUACGUUAAUAUUUGACAUUUUGAAACAGUAUUAGACACGACUGUGUAUUUAUACUUAUUGGAAUUUUAUACUUUUGUUGCUUAGAAGAAGAAAAAAAAACAGAACAAUUCUUAUUCGCUGGCAAUACAAAAUAACAGGAUUACAAUCGAAUACCUCACAUGUAUAUGAUAGACAAUGAUCGCUGCAGGAUAUAUUUGUUGAGUAUUUGUUCAAAGUAUAAUAUUGCAGUAUUAAGGAAAGCAAAAUAUUUUCAAUGGCUUUUAGCAGCUGUAUAAAUAUCGUAUAAGCAUUAGGGUAUACCGCAUACGGUAUUAACUUUUAUUUCCUUUCGGUGAUACUUUUUUACCUAAUACGUAUAAUUAAACCCAUUUUUUAUUCAUUUAGCUCCAGCGAUAUUAUAUUAUACUCAGUCGGUUACUUAUUUUUUCCAUUCAAAAACAACUAAAUUCCUAUCUUUUCUUGUAUAGACAUGUUUAUGUAUAUGUAUAGGUAUACAUAUUGUUCAAAAACUCGCGUUGUACUUAUAAUAUGAAAAUAAAUUUUCUUUGGUAUACUCGGUUAGGAAAAUAUUUGUCAUCGUCUCUCGUUCCUUCCGAUUCUGUUUUUAUUUCACUUUCUUUUUAAUGGAUUGCCGAAGAACAUGACGCAGUUAUUCAAACGCUAUCAAUUUAUUUAUUUUCUAUACCUAUGUACACGUGUUCUGCGUCGUUAAAUUUUCCAUCCUUCCAACACUUGAGUUUCUUCGAGAUGAGAAGUGCAUACACAAUUAAUAUAGACCUAUGUAUAAUAAAUACCGU